AUGACGAAUUAUGUAACUCACUAUCCUUCUAAUGAUCAGCCAGCCUACGAUGGACUGAGCGCAGUUAAUGGAUUAGUUGUAGACGGUGCCUAUUUGGAUGGUUCGUGGGAAUUAUGCGUUCAUGUUGAAGAUGUGAAUGAUAUUGUCUGUGUUCGCGUUCGUGGAGAUACAAGUGUUGGAGGCUUGAUGCAUCAGAUUGUUGAGGCUGUUAACGUUAAACAAUCCUGGUCAGAUCAUGCUAUCUGGUGGCCUCAACGUAAUAUGUGGCUUCUCCACACUCGCACCUCUCUUGACCAAUACGGAGUUCAGUCUGAUGCCCAACUUGCUUUCCGCCACACUCAUGGGAACUUGCAGAUCAUUCUUCCUUCUCUUGCUACUGUGGUUCUUCGUGUCAAUUAUGCUAGUCGAGUGUUCUCUGUUGUUGAAGCAAUCUGUAAAGAAUUCUGUAUUCGUCACCCUGAGGAACUUUCCCUGAUGUUUCCCGUCACGAAGGAAAGUGUAAAGUAUAAUCAACCCCUUCCUAUUAUUCGACAUGGAGUUAAACGGACUGGCCCUCUAAAUGCUAUUGGUGCAGCUAGAUCGGAAUUACCAGCAGCAACUAAUAGUAAUGGAGUGAAUAAAACCUUUUCCCUCAAUCGAUUGAAUAAUCCAAAUCCCUAUCCCACUCUCCCAUAUGGUUCUGCCACUUUGAUACGAGGUCAGUCAGAUAAUUCUCUAGAUGAGGAACGAAUUGAUGUCAGCAAAUUCAUGGAUUGUAAUCAGAGAAAGAGUGCCAAAGUUGCUUUUGGAGAAGGGUGGCUUUUGAAACCGAAAAAUGUCCACCAGAAGGCACGUAUGGAUGGUGGAUGGUUGGAUUCUUCAAGAUCUCUAAUGGAGCAUGGUAUUGAACCACCAAUCAUUCCGAUAGGCGAAUAUCCUACUGUUCCUCCUAAACCUCCAACUCUUUAUCUCCGUUUCAAGUUCUACAGUUUCUAUGACAUUAAUCCAAGCUAUGAUGCUGUUAGAAUUCAUCAGCUUUAUGAGCAAGCCCGAUGGUCUUUACUCUCGGGAUGUUUAGAAUGCACGGAGGACGAAAUGAUUGUUUUCGCAGCUUAUCAACUUCAAGCUGAGCUUCAGAAUGAAGCUGCUCUAAGGGCGAACGCUACUAUGUAUCCUGGAGGCACAAUAGCUAGAUACAACACUCUUGGAGGGUAUAAUACUCUUACUUCUCCUAUUGAUCCAAAUUUCCGCCCUAUGAGCCCGGAGCUCUCCACUCCAAGGUCAUUUGGAGGUUCCCUUUUGCGAAUGCCGAGUCUUGGAGCUGUUACCCCAGUCUCGGGUCGCCCUUUGAGUCCAUUUAUUGGCUCCAAUGGUCAUCUUGCACUGAAUGAGGAUUCAUUGAAUGAGUUGGACGAGAUUGAUUUGAUGCUGACGGAGCUUGAACAGUCCUGUAAUGUCUCAACUAAUGGUCAACGAAAGUCCAGUAGUCCUGGUCAUGAUAUGGUGGACGCUAAACCACCUCCUAUUCUCCAGGACUCAAUUAGAGUCUUCCGUGAUAAGGGUCUUCUGCUCAGACGGUACAAAGAAAUGUGGGCAGUUGUGAAAGGAUCCUCUUUCAUUCUCUAUCGUGAUCCCCAUAGUGUUGAUACCCCUUCUGCUUCAUAUAAUCUUAAAGAUUGUCUCAUUACUCCAGACUUGAGUCCAGAGAGUGCUCGCUUUGCGGUUAAGUUAUCACUAGUUGUCAGUCAACCAUCGUCUUCCGCCUCUACACCUGUAACAAGUCGCAAAAGUCACACUCGUGAGGAAGUUUGGUUGAGGUUUAAUUCAAUGGAACAAUACGCAAAGUGGGUUGCUGCAUUCCGCUUAGCUUGUCGUGGAAAGUAUCUUGAGAACGGAACGGCUUUCGACAAAGAGUUCCAGACAGUCAAGGAAACGUUAGAAAAACAGACCGCCCCUCAUGCAGCGCCUGUAUUAUCCCCUGAGGAACUGACAGUUCAUCUCGGAGAUUUAACAGACUUCUGUGCUGAGAGGAUCAUUAAAAAGGCACGAAGUAAGGAAUCCUUAAAGUCGAGGAUUAAUGAAACUCAUGCUGGUAUUCGAGAUUUAUCUUUACAAGAUGCUAAACUUCGUUACAUUGACGAGUGGAAGAGGUUGAAUCAUUUUGGUCGUUCAUAUUGUGUUGUCCAGUUUGAUAAGGGAAACCCCUUCGGUUUGGGUAAUUCCAGCGGUGGAAUAUUUUCAAAUCCAGGUCCCGUUGAAGAUGUUAUUGCUGUUCGGCAGGGCCGUAUUGAAGUUGUUUCCUCAUCAACAGAGGAAACCCAGUUAGCAUGGAAUUUCGCUGAUUUGCGCAGUUGGAAUGUUAACUGGGACAAUGGAAGGGUUAUUCUUGAUUUUCGCAAUGGAAAAACCUCUUUUAAACCUCUGACAGCAAAUUGCAAGACCAUUGUGGAAUUUAUAGGUGGCUAUGUGUUUCUCAGUCAACGAAAUCCCGAGAAAAACCAAAAAUUGGAUGAGCGACUCUUUCACAAAUUGACUGGAGCCAAUGAUUGA